AUGUACCCCACCAAUCAAAAUUUUGUAUGUUUACCGUGGAUCUUCCCUAAUUUCAAACAAGAGAUCUUGCGUAAUCAUUUUAGGGAUUUUGGUGAUUUCUGGUUCUUUUUAACCGAAGCAGAAAUCACAGUGCUUUUGGAUUUGCCCUUAAAAAACCCUAAUUGGUCUAUUGUGGAGAUCUGGGAUAUACUUCCUCUGUUAUGCCGUAUGAAGACGUUCUUUCCAUCUGAAUCUUGUAAAGAAACACAUUUAAAUGCUCUGAAUCCGCAAUCAUGGCUGCAAGUCGAAAGAGGAAAGCUUUCAAAAGUCUCACCUCACUCCCCUUCUUCAUUAGAAUCUCUGAUCAAAGUACCGGAUCCACCAAUUCUUCCAUUCUUUAAACCCGUUGAUUAUGUAGAAGUUUUAGCACAAAUCCACAAAGAACUCGAAUCAUGCCCUUCACAUGAGCGAUCAAGCCUCUAUUUGUUGCAGUUUCAGGUCUUCAAAGGUCUCGGUGAUCUCAAAUUGAUGAGAAGAAGCCUUCGAUCAGCUUGGCUCAAAUCAAUCACAGUCCAUGAACGCCUUGUUUUUGGGGCAUGGUUAAAAUAUGAAAAAAGAGGCGAAGAACUCAUAUCAGAUUUACUCUCUUCAUGUGGUAAAUGUGCAAAAGAGUUUGGAUUAAUAGACAUUGGUUCUGAGCUCCCAUCUGUCGCAAAUGAUAAUAGUGUCGCAAAUGCUGCAAUGAUGAACCACAACACUUAUUUAUCAGAAUCCGUCACGUUUCGAAUCGGGGACGAAAAAGUAAUUUGCGAUAGACAAAAAAUGGCGGCACUUUCGCCGCCAUUUCAGUCCAUGCUUAACGGGUGUUUCCUCGAAUCGCUUUCAGACAACAUCGAUUUAUCCAAAAACGAUAUCUCGCCAGCUGGCAUGCGUGUCAUCAGUGAGUUCUCCAAAACCGGGACAUUACCCGAAAAACUCCCGACCGAUCUUUUACUCGAAAUCAUGGUGUUUUCGAAUAAAUUUUGUUGUGAAAAUCUCAAAGAUUCUUGCGAUAGGAAACUCGCGACACUUGUUUUAUCAAGAAACGACGCGAUUGAGUUCUUGGAAUACGCGCUGGAUGAGAAUUGUCCGAUUCUUGCUUCAUCUUGUUUGCAGGUUUUCUUACAAGAGCUUCCGGAAUGUUUACAUGAUGAACGCGUUGUUGAUAUUUUGACAAGUGUCAACCGUUUGCAUCGUUCGAUUAUGGUCGGGGGCGCUUCGUUUUCGCUUUAUUGUUUGUUAAGCCAGGUGGCGAUGGAUCUUGAUCCGGGGUCCGAUAAAUCCGCUCUUUUUUUAGAACAAUUGGUUGACUCAACCGAAAACACCCGACAAAAAAUGAUUGCGUAUCACAUGUUGGGAUGCGUGCGGUUACUAAAAAAAGAAUACAACGAGGCGGAAAGAUUCUUUAAAGCCGCAGUAAACGAAGGCCACGUGUACUCGGUUGUCGGGCUCGCGAGGCUCGGUCGGAUUAACGGGAAAAAACGCGAAUCGUAUGAAAAACUUAAUUCGGUUAUUUCCGAUUAUACCCCUCUCGGGUGGAUGUAUCAAGAACGUUCGUUAUACUGUGACACCGAUGAUGAGAAACGGUGGGAGGAUUUGGAGAAGGCGACGGGGUUGGAUCCUACGCUUACGUACCCGUACAUGUAUCGUGCAGCCUCGUUGAUGAAGAGACAAAAUGUUGAAGAAUCAAUGGGGGAGAUUAAUAAGAUUCUUGGGUUUAAGUUAGCGGUUGAAUGUUUGGAAUUGAGGUUUUGUUUCUUUUUGGUUCUUGAAGAUUAUCGAUCCGCGAUUUGUGAUGUUCAAGCGAUUCUUACGAUUUGUCCGGAUUAUCGGAUGUUUGAAGGGCGGGUCCCGGCUUCUCAAUUUCAAACACUUGUCCGUGAGCAUGUGCCAAGCUGGACAACCGCCGAUUGUUGGUUACAGCUGUACGACAGGUGGUCCGCGGUUGAUGACAUCGGGUCCCUUUCCGUAAUUUACCAAAUGCUCGAGUCCGAAGCUGCUAAAGGCGUUUUAUAUUUCAGACAAUCUUUGCUUCUCCUCAGGUUAAAUUGUCCGGAAGCAGCGAUGAGAAGCUUACAAUUGGCACGACAACAUGCAUCAAGUGAACACGAGCGGUUAGUUUACGAGGGUUGGAUAUUAUAUGAUACGGGUCAUUGUGAUGAAGGGUUAACAAAAGCUGAAGAGUCUAUAAGCUUAAGUAGAUCUUUUGAAGCUUUCUUUUUGAAAGCGUAUGCUUUAGCUGAUUCUAGUCAAGAUCCGACUUGUUCUUCUACAGUUGUAUCGCUUCUUCAAGAUGCCCUUAAGUGUCCUUCUGAUAGGCUUCGUAAAGGCCAGGCGUUGAACAAUCUUGGAAGUGUUUAUGUGGACUCGGGGAAACUGGACCUUGCGGCUGAUUGCUAUAUUAAUGCUCUUAAGAUUCGGCACACUAGGGCCCACCAGGGGCUUGCUCGUGUCCAUUAUUUGAAAAAUGAGAAAGCUGCUGCGUAUGAAGAAAUGACAAAAUUGAUUGAAAAGGCACGUAACAAUGCAUCGGCUUAUGAGAAGAGAUCUGAAUACUGUGAACGCGAACAGACCAAAAUAGACCUUGAAAUGGUGACUCGAUUAGAUCCUCUUCGUGUUUAUCCUUACAGAUAUCGAGCUGCAGUUUUGAUGGACAAUCACAAGGAGAAAGAAGCAAUAGCAGAGCUAUCAAGGGCGAUUGCAUUCAAAGCUGACCUACAUCUUCUGCAUUUACGGGCAGCUUUCCAUGAACACAUUGGGGAUGUUUCAGGUGCCAUGAGGGAUUGUCGGGCAGCUCUCUCAUUUGACCCAAACCAUCAAGAAAUGCUGGAACUAAGGAACCGUGUAAACAGCCAAGAACCCUAAUGAAUCCAACAACAAUUUAGAAAGAUUAGAUGCAAUGUUACACAAAUGGUGAAGAAAAGGAGAGAUUUUUUAUUUUUGAGUUUGUGUGUGUAUCUUGCAAAUGUAACAACACUUCAUGAAUAUUUGUAAACAUUCAAGUUUGUGUAUUAUUAACAUGUGUUUUUGGCCUUGUAUUCGUCUGAGAUAUAAUGUACAAGA